AUGUCCAAGUCCGCGGGUGGCUAUCAGAGCCAGCAUUGUCAAGCAUCUUCCAUCUACUUCCGUCAAAAAAUCUUACCUUCGUCGGUCCUCUUCCGGUGUGACUGUUCCGGCGGACUGACGAUGACAACAGCCUUUCAAAUGCUUCUGAGGCGUCAUCAAUCUGCCAUUGACGUGGAAAUUCAUAGCGGAGUGAAGCAUAUCUUCUACGGCUAUCUAGUUUAUGGUGGCAAGUCAGAGAACAGAAAAAUCCGUAGCUCAUGUUAUGCAAGCUCAUCUGGAUACGGAGAAGUAUGUAAAGCAGUUAUCUCAGAAUAA